AUGUGGCUUCUUCUCCUCACAUUUCUCGUCGCUGUGACGACAUGCCAUGCCUGGCCAAACCCCUACAGCAAUGUGAGUACGCAAGCUGGAAGCAGCUCUGGCCUCACAGUCGACCUCGGAUAUGCCAAGUACAAGGGAUAUUAUAACUCGACUUCUGACCUUUACGUUUUCCAAGGCCCAGAGGUACCAGAUGUGAACCGGACCAGCACUCAACCCGCAACGUCGUAUGGACCGACCUGCGUUGUCAACUCGUUGGCCUUGGGCACCGGUGAUGCUUUCACGAACGAGACCGGCGCUUCGGAAGAUUGCUUGUUCCUCAACGUGCAAGCUCCAAGCAAUGCAACAGGUCUUCCGGUGUUUGUCUGGAUUCACGGCGGCGGCUAUGGUGCCGGCAAUGGCCGCGUCGACUUCAGCCCCUUACUUAAGACGAAUGACAAUGAGUUCAUCGGCGUUGCCAUCCAGUAUCGACUGGGCGCUUUUGGCUUCCUGGCUGGAGACGAGGUCAAUCGCUUCGGAUCUCUCAAUGCCGGCCUUCAGGAUCAGCAGCUCGCUCUAUACUGGGUACAGCAGUACAUCCAUCUCUUCGGAGGCGAUCCGUCCAGAGUAACCAUCGGCGGCGAAUCAGCGGGCGGCGGGAGCGUCAUGCUGCAGGCCAUGGCGUACGGCGGGUCGCUCGGUACCGAGUUGUUCAACAACGUCUUCGCGUCGAGUCCGUACCUCCCACAGCAGUACGAUUACCGCGACUUUGUUCCUGAGCAGGCAUAUUACGCGUUCGCCCAAGCGGCAGGCUGUCUUACAGGUCCUUACGGCAAUACCAAUCAAUCCGUCUUCGCUUGUCUUCAAGCCGGAGAUAGCGCGACACUCAUCAACGCAUCCGCAUCCGUCAGUGAAGAGGGCGUUUACGGCACAUGGGCUUUCGUCCCCGUCACCGGACCUGCAGGAUCCUUCGUGCAGGAGCUACCCAGUCAGCAGCUACUUCAAGCCAAAAUCAACGGCAAAGUCGUCCUCUCCGGGAACAACGCCAACGAGGGAUACCCAUUCGUCCCCAAGGGUGUCACUACAGAAGACGAAGCCAUCGCGUAUCUCAAAUUACUGUUCCCAUUCUUCUCCGAAGACAACCUCAACACCGUUCUCGCCGCUUAUAAAUACGAUACUGGACCCAACGCGACACUCUACGCGACAGCAGGUGACAGCGGUGACACUGCGAACGACGUCAGCUCAGUCGCGUCUGGUCCACAACAGCAAAUCGCUCAAAUCUACAGCGAAACGACCUUCGUAUGUCCGUCAUACUGGCUCGCUGAAGCAUUUACCGCCUCCGGAGGAGCAGGCUACAAGUACCAAUUUUCCGUUCCUCCCGCUACACACGGUGCGGAUGUCGCAGCAUACUUUGGGAACGGAUACACGAGUGACUUCUCUCAGGCCUUCCAGACUGCUCUAGGCACCUUGAUCAUCGACAACAAGCCUAGUAUCCCCAGUCAAGUCGCCAAUGGUCUCUCAACUAGCAACACAAGCUUUAACCCAGCCAGCGACUGGCCAGUCUUUUCGAGGCAAAGCGAGCUCAUGAUCGACCUCAACACAACCUGCACAGACUUUGUCACUAGCGCGGCGGGUGUCCCGACGUGUCAAGGUGCCGAUAAUCUCAACGUGAUCAGGGAAGUCGAUGCGUACAGCUGGGAGGGAGGCAGGGGAGCUAGGUGCGAGCUUUGGCGAUCACUAUACCAAGUCGUUCCCGAAUAA